AUGGCUCACAGAUUAUUAGUUCAAAUAGUUUUUACGGGUGCUAAAGUGUUUGGAAGGGCAUUCACUGAAGCUUACAGGCAGGCAGCUGCUGCCACUACAGCACAACAGGCUGCCGGUAGUACAGGUAGAGCCCGAAGAACUGCAAGAGAUUCUGAAAUCUCUUUGGAUGAGUCUUGUAAGAUUCUAGAUAUUGAAAGGACGGAUAUGUCACUGGAUAAAAUGCAAAAGCGGUACCAGUACCUUUUCGAUGUGAACUCUAAAGAGAGUGGAGGAUCAUUUUACGUACAGUCAAAGAUUUACAGGGCUAUGCAGAGAAUUAAAGAUGAGCUUCAGGCGCAGAAGGAGGACGCAGAAGCAGAUAGCUCCAAUCCCAAUGAUAAAGGAAAAGAAAGUUCACCGUGA